AUGAUUCCAACCACGAUGGAUAAUCCGGUCGAGCACUUUGGACUCUCCAAAGAGCAAAAGGAGCAGCUGGAACUCCUUUCUAAAUUCCAUAGAGAAAAUCUUCUCUCCGAUGAUGAUUAUGAAAAGCAAAAACAGAGUAUUAUUGACGGAACAUUCAAGCUAGAUGAAGAUGAGCCUAUUCAUGAUGCUGGUGAUCAUUUAUCGAGCAGUGAUGAAGAAGAUAACAAGGAACAAAAGCCAACUCCAAGCUCUUCUGAGCAAGAACAAAAUCAUCAUCAAAACGGAAAUGGAGUCCCUGUCUCUAGUGAGCCACAAACAACAGCACCUUCGGAAACAAUUACUACAAACAACGUUGAAACGGUUCCAAUACAUGGCACCGUAGAAUCAACAACAACAGUACCUCCAACAACAGACACAGAGAAGAAUGGAGCUACACCAUCUACUGCCUCAGUCAGCAGUGUUGUGGGUAAUGAAAGCCAAACAGUGGUUGCUGCAGUAGUGAAUGUUGAAGUAGAACAAAAAGAUUUUACAAAUGGAACAAUUGGAGUGGUGAGCAAGAGUUUAGAUUUAGAUAUUCUUGAUACCAAACCAGUUGAAAUUUCUAUGAAAUAUUUGGAAAAUUACGGGUUUGAGGUUGGAGAAGAUGAAGAAAUGACUAAACUGUUGAAGCCUCUUUUCGAAAAACAACGAGAUUUCAAUGACAAGAAAAUUAAUAGACAGAGAAAUAGGUGGAAGGAAUUUAUCAAAAAACACAACAUCGGGCCAAACGGUUUUACAACAUUGGAAGAAUAUGAGCAACAGCGUAUUUUCCACUUUAUUGAAGAAUCAAAUGAAUUUAAAAAGCUUGUUAGAAAAGGUAUUCCAAUGGAGUACAGGGCUGUGAUGUGGUACAUCAUCAGUGGAGCUAACUAUCAAUUCCUUACACAUAAGGACGUGUUUGACAAGUUGAAGGAAAAAGCACAAUCCAUCCCAGUAGAAGAAAGAGAAAAAGACAAGAAUUUUUCAUGUAUUUGCAAAGACGUAGACAGAACAUUCCCUACACAUCCUUUCUAUAAGGACCCACACAACCAAAUUGCCUUAAGAAAUGUUCUAUAUCUCUACUCACUACACAAUCCAAAAGUUGGAUAUUGUCAAGCAAUGAAUUUCCUCGCAGGUAUCAUGCUUGUCGUCGGUAUGAAUGUUCAACAAGCAUUCUUCACACUCGAUAGAAUUAUUGAUCGCUACUUGCCUCCAGAUUUAUAUGAUAGCAAGAUGCAAGGAGUCUAUUCUGAAUCAUUCGUAUUACAGAAAUUAUGCUUGGAUCGUAUUCCCAAGUUGGCGCAACAUCUUCUAGCUCAAGAUCCAAACUUUUUCAUUUUGCUGUCACCCAACUGGUUCCUUUGUAUCUUUUUAAAUACCUUCCCAAUUGAAACCUCUCUCAGAAUUUGGGAUUGUUUCCUUCAUGAAAACUACAAGAUCCUGUAUCGUAUUGCCAUUGCUUACUUGAGCCUUAUUGAAAAAGAUUUAAUGAAGAGUAACGACUUCCAGGCAAUUUACACAGCAACCAAAGACCAUGCGCUCAAGAUGUUCGAUUGUCGCCAUUUAAUCAAGAAAAGCUUUGGUAUCAGAAACUUCUCAAAGAAGAAGAUUUUAGAGUAUAGAGAAAUGUAUAGAAAUCAACAGAAAACCGAAGAGCAAUAA